AUGAUCCAGGGAUUCCCAGCGAUUCCACCGCAAGGCGAUUUUAAUUCUCUCGUCCGGUCCAUCAAAUUGUACGGCAACUCGAAGAACUUGGGCGAAGCGAGGAAAGUCCAUGCGAGAAUAGAACGGAACGGGGACCUGAAAGAAAGCUUGCAUCUGUGGAAUCUUGUGAUUGAAAUGUAUGGGAAGUGCGGCAGCGUGGAGGAGGCUCGAGCGGUGUUCGAUCGGAUCAGCGACAGGAACUUGGUGUCGUGGAACAUCCUCCUUGCGGCAUAUGCUCGAAACGGGGAUAUUGCUCAAGCAAGAUGCGUGUUCCAGAGCAUGCCCAGAAAGGAUCGAGUGUCAUGGAAUGGAAUGAUCCAGGCCUACGUGAAAAGCGGGCUUUUGGAAAGAGCGAUGGAAGUGUUUAGAGCGAUGCCAUCACCGGAUAUCGUCUCGUGGACAACCGUGGUUGCCGCAUUUGCCAAGGCGGGGGAUCUGUGUCGAGCGACAGAGCUGUUUGAUUCGAUGCCUCACAAGAAUGUGAUCGCGUGGAACGCUAUGAUCACGGGUCAUGCAAAGGCUGGAAAAAUGGAGGAGGCAAAGAAGCUCUUCGAUUGCAUACCGCUCAAGGAUGUGGUUUCGUGGAACGCUAUGGUGGCGGGAUAUGCCGGAAACGGGCAACUUGAUCUGGCGAGAGAGGUUUUCGAGAGCAUGAUCUUGCGAGACUCGGUGUCGUGGACGACGAUGAUCCGGGCUUACGUUGCUGGAGGAGAGAUUGGCGAGGCCAGAGCUUUGUUCGAGAGGAUGCCGAUGGAGAACGUCGUGGCCUCUACGGCGAUGCUCCAGGGCUACGCCGAGAAUGGAGACUUGGAAGAAGCGAGAGCUUUGUUCGAGAGAAUCCAGUGCCCCGACGCGAUCGCAUGGACGACGAUGAUGAACGCUUACGCCAGUCAUGGUUUCCUGGAAGACGCGAAGACCAUCUUCGAUCGGAUGCCGGACAGGAACUUGGUAACUUGGAACGCGCUCAUCACAGCGUACACGGAUCACGGUCGCGUGGAGGAGGCCCGGGAGCUGUUUGACAAGAUGAAAGAGAGGAACUCCAUCUCCUGGAAUGUGAUGCUCCAGUCGAGCGUGGAGAGAGGCGAGCUUGUCCAAGCAAAGGCCGCGUUUGAUCGGAUGCCUCAACCGGACACAGUAUCGUGGAACUCGAUGGUUCAAGCGUAUGCUCAAGAUGGUCACGUAGAACAAGCCAGGGACGUGUUCGAGAGGAUGCCGAGGAGGAACGUUGUGUCAUUCACGGCCUUGAUCCAGGCCUACGCAAGAAGAGGCGAGAUGGAGGAAGCAAAGAGGCUGUUUGACGAGAUGCCGCAGCGGGACGUGGUGGCCUGGACGACGAUGGUGGUCGGAUACGCGCAGGCCGAGAUGGCGGAGUGCGCAAAAACAGUUUUUGAUGCGAUGCCACUCCGAGACCUGGUGUCGUGGAACGCGAUGAUCGCAGCCUACGCUCGCCCCGGGGAUUUGGAGCGAGCUCGGGCGCUGUUCGAGGCAAUGCCUGUGAGAAAUACCAUCUCGGGCAACUCGAUGGUGGCGGCGUACGCUCGGACUGGAAACUUGGGCGAUGCCAGGACGGUGCUUGAGCGGAUGCCCGAGAAGAACAUCGUGUCCUGGAACACAAUGGUGGCCGGCUACGCCGAGAACGGUUGCGUGGAGGAGGCCGAGGUGGUGUUCUCUCGGCUCAUGCCCGAGCACGACACUGUCUCCUGGGCCUCGAUGCUACUCGGCUACGUUGGAAGCCGGCAUUUCGAUCGAGCAGUGGAGCUCUUCUGGGAGAUCCCGGAGCGAGACAUGAUAAUCUGGAACGUCAUGGUGGUGGCGGCAGCUCAAAGAGGCAAGCUCCGCGCAGCAAAAUCGCUUUUUGAUGGGAUGCCGGAGCGGGACGUGGUGUCCUGGAACGUGAUGCUCCAGUCGAGCGCUAGCGGCGAGCGCGAGCGGGUGGAUUUGCUGCUGGACAUGAAGAUGGAGGGGAUCUCUCCCGACGAGGUGACGCUCUUGACGCUGCUCCACGCUUGCAACCAUGGCGGGCUCGUCGGCGAGGCGCUGGAUCACUUGGCGGGGAUGGUGGCGGACUGGGGGGUGAGAGCUGGCGAGGAUCACUGGAACGCGGUGGUGGAUGUUCUUGGGAGAGCUGGGAUCCAUGGCGAUGAGAGGCGCGGGAAGCGAGUGGUGGCUUCGCUCAUCCGGAAGGAGGAAGAGAUGGAAGCCAUGGUAACGAAGAGCACGAACAAGAAGAAGACUGCUCCUUACGUGUUGCUAUCGAAUUUAUACCGAGAUGGAUAG